AUGGCAAUCCUUGUACGCCUCUUCUUCGCCCUCUUUGUCGUCUCCGUCUACUUCUUCCGCGUACGCCUGCGCCUGAGCCACAUCCCUGGCCCGUUCCUCGCUUCUCUGACAAACAUUAACCGUCGACAAUGGGUGACGACUGGUAGAGCCCACACGAUUCACACCGAGUUGCAUCGCCAGUAUGGCAAGGUCGUGCGCGCUGGCCCAAAUACCGUCUUUGUAUCCGACCCGGCUGCUAUACCAGCCAUCUAUCGGUUCAACGAGCCAUACCAGAAGUCCGAGUUCUACGACGCUCUGAUGCCCUAUGUUCGCGGCAAGAGCAUCCCCGACGUCUUCGCCACCAGAGACGAGCAUAUCCAUCGGACAAUGAAGCAACCCAUUGCAGCCAUCUACUCCAUGUCAAACCUCGUCUCGUUUGAGCCGUAUGUCAAAUCAACGAUCGAGUAUUUCUUCUCGCGGCUUGACAGUCUUUUCGUCGAGACUGGCAAGGUCUGUAAUUUCGGCCUCUGGCUGCAUCUUUUCGCGUCGGAUGUGAUGGGCGAGAUCACAUUCUCCAGACGACUCGGUUUCCUGGAGACCGGGGGCGAUAUGGAGAACGUCAUGGCGAACAACUGGAAAUUCUUCGUUCAGGCCGCUCCGGCGACGCAGAUGCCCUGGCUCGACUACUUCUGGAAACGGAACCCCCUGCUUCCAGGCAGUGUCAAACCGAACAAGGUCAUUGAGUUUGGCGUCGCACGGAUUCAAGAACGACUUCACUUGUCGGAAAAGCAUCCAGAUCAUGUGAACAGCAGGGAUUUUCUCUCGCGGUUCAUUGCAGCCAAGGAGAAGAACAGCCAGAUCGGGCCGGAUGCUAUCAUGACCUGGGCCAACUCCAACAUCCAAGCCGGGAGCGACACAACCGCCAUUCUCCUCAGCGCACUCUUUUAUCACCUCCUCAAGAACCCAACGAGUCUGGCGGCACUGUGCACUGAGAUCGACGCCGCCGCCAAGAGGGGCUGUUUAUCCUCCAUUCUGACGUGGAAAGAAACGCGCGAUCUGCCGUACCUCGAUGCCUGCGUGAAAGAAGCGGCCAGACUACACCCACCCAUCAGUCUCCCCCUCGAGCGAGUUAUCCCGGAAUCCGGGACUGUAAUCGGCGGAUUCAAGAUCCCUGGUGGGACGAGGGUCGCGAUGAAUCCGUGGGCUGUGCAUCGUGACCGUGACGUAUUCGGUGCAGACGCAGAUACCUGGAGACCAGAACGAUGGCUAGAGGGGGAGGAGAAGGCCAAGACGCUGUACAACUCGUUGCUGACGUUCGGCGGAGGCCACCGCUCCUGCCUAGGGAAGAACAUCUCCUACCUUGAAAUUUACAAGCUGGUGCCGUCGAUAUUGCUGCGCUAUGAGAUUGGACUGGCUGAGCCGGAGAAGGAGUGGCACUUGGAGAACCGGUGGUUUGUGAUGCCUUCAAGGUUCUACGUUAGGCUGAAGGCAAGAAACGGGGUGACUAAACUAUGA